AUGAAUACGUCAAGACCUUAUCUGCGAUUGAAGACUCCUCAAUUCUCACAUCACAACAUAUCGUUCUCGCCGUAUUUCGAAAAUCGAUUAGCUUUGGCAUCAGGAGCGAAUUUUGGAUUAGUUGGAAAUGGUAGAAUACACAUAAUCGAUUUAGAUCCAAAUAUACCUGGAGGAUUGAAAUUGGUUAGAUACUUUGAGACUAGAGAUUGUGUUUUUGAUAUUGCAUGGAGUGAAUCGCAUGAAAAUCAAAUCGUAGCUGCUUGUGGAAAUGGUGCGAUCAAAAUGUUCGAUGUUACUUUAGAGGGCCUUCCAAUCAAAUCAUGGCACGAACAUUCAGCGGAGAUAAUGUCAAUAGAAUGGAAUAAUUUACAAAAAGAUACUUUUGUAACUAGUUCAUGGGAUCAGACGAUCAAGAUAUGGACAUCAUCAAGAUCAACAUCUCUAUUGACAAUACAAGCUCAUCAAGGUCAAAUAUAUAAUGCUACAUUUUCACCUCAUUCACCUUCUAUACUAGCUACUUGUUCUUCUGACGGCUUGAUCAAUAUAUUCGAUCUUCGUUCUCAAUCCUCCUCAUCCUCAUCGUCAUCAUCAUCCGCUUCAGCUUCAGCUUCUGUGGCUAAACCAGCAUUGAGUAUUCCAGCUGGAAUAAGUACAGGUACAGGAGGAGGUUUUGGAAAUCCAAUUGAGAUCUUAUCUUGUGAUUGGAAUAAAUACGAUCCCAAUCUAUUGGCUUCAUCUGAUAAAAAUGGUUCGAUCAAACUGUGGGAUAUGAGAUCGGUCAGUAAUAACGUAAAUGGAAAUAUAGAAAGAAAUGGAAGGCAAAUUGGUAAACAUCAUUUAGCCACUAGGAAAAUCGCUUGGUCUCCUCAUAAAAGAGAUAUAAUAGCUAGUACAGGAUAUGAUAUGACUUGUAAAGUAUGGAAUAUCAAUAGCCCAAAUCCAAUACAUGUCCAUUCGGAACAUACUGAAUUCGUUAUGGGUAUUAAUUGGGCUUUAUUCGAUCCUGGUUUAUUAGCUAGUGCAGCAUGGGAUGAAGAAGUUCAUCUGUACAGAGUUUAG